AUGGCCAACUACGAAAUACCGACAACCAUGAAAGCCCAUGUGCUUGAGCAAUACAAUAUGCCUUACCAACUCCGCGAUCUCCCAACACCGGUUGUUGAGGAUAUAAACGACAUCCUCAUCAAAGUGGACGCGGCUUCAUAUUGCCACACCGAUGCUGUCCUGGCAUCAGGCAAGAUGCGUCCGCCACCACUUCCACACAUCGGCUGCCACGAAUUUGCAGGGACUGUCGUCCGUCUUGCUGGCACGCCAUCAUCUCACGGGUUGAAAAUUGGCGACCGCGUGGCUGUCCCGGGCCGUGGUAAUCACGUUUGUGGGAGAUGCCUUGAGUGCCAAAAUCCGUCUGGCCCGCUCCCCGAUAAGCCUGGUUAUUCUGUCUACUGCCCCAAUGCUGGUGGUGGGCUUGGUGUAGGUAGCAAACCAGGCGGAUUCCGAGAAUACGCCGUCGUCGAUUCGAGACAGGUAGCCGUCAUUCCGGACAGCAUGACGGCGGUGGAAGCGGCGCCACUCAUGUGCGCGGGCCUCACGAUCUUUGCAGCUCUGAGAAAAUGCGAGCUCAACCCUGGUCAGAGAGUUGGCAUUAUGGGGUGUGGAGGCGGACUUGGACACUUGGGUCUGCAGUUUGCUACCAGAAUGGGCUUGAACACGAUCGGUAUCGACAUAGCACCACACGCGCUGGAACUUGCAAGGAAUUUGGAGACGGGAGCUACGAUUGUCGAUGCUUCGGCCAAAAGCGCAGCAGAUGUCAAGCGGGAGAUGGGUAAAGAGGACGUCAGGAAACAUCCGUCAGAGAUGGGUUUGGAUGCGGUGAUAAUUUUGCCAGAGAGUCAGAAGUCAUUUGACUACGGAAUGCAGCUACUGAGGAACGGCGGUCUCUUGUUCUGGUUUCUUUCCCACCAGAGGGUUUCCAUGUUUCAGCGGAUGACCUGGUAUUUCGUCGCAUUCGUGUGGUUGGUAGCUUGA